GCUGGCGGCCAUCGCCUGCAAUGUCACUGAAGGCUCCCUGCAGAUGUUUCACAAGGGACCUCUCGGAUUCCUGCGCCUCGAUGCUGCUGGCCUGAUAGCCCUCGCCGACCUCAAGUCGAUCGCGCGUCGGACGGCCCUCAUCGGCAGCGCCUCUGUCCUCGACGUCCUCUACCUCGCACCCGGCAUCCACCGCCAGCAAGAUGCCGCCGAAAUCAGUGGCGGAGAGUACCCUCAGGCGGGGACGAUGCAUAAGCCCAACUGCUCGACCUUCCGCAUCGAGAAUCCGGCUACCGUCAGUUUUCUUCAGAGCGUCGGGAAGCCAGGCCACCUCACGACCAUCCGUGUUUCGCGAGAGACGACCCACCGUUUUGGCCUCUUCGGGGAACUCUUCCGCUCCGAAUUCUGGGCCUCUGUUCUCUUUCUCUUCGGCAUCGCCGCGGCUAUCACAGUCAUCGUCCUUCUCGGCGUUAUCCAGGACUGGUGGGCACUAGGAGUCCUGGGCAUGCUGAUGCUCGCACGCGUGCUCAACGACAAGUACGGGUUCAAGGGUCACCUGAAGAAGGCGGGCGAUCCCCAAAGUGAUAUUAUGAUUGACCUCAGUCAGUGUCGCUGGAUCCGCAUGCGAGGAGGGGUGAUCGACAUCAAGCAGGUCACCGCUGGGCAGUGGAUGAGAGAGCCAGAGGCUGUGGAGAGCUUCGCCGUGAGUUUUGGGACUCUGCUGGUGUAUGGCUCUGCGGCAGUGGCUGGGAACACCACUACCGUCGGCAGCCUGCUCGUGGGUUGUCUCCUUCUGUUCAAUGCCGGUGUCCUUGGACUGGCGAACGCCGCGACGCAUUCUCUGCAUAUAUUCGAUCGUGUUGUCGCUGUCGAAGGCGAACCUGUACGGUAUGAGCGCAGGCUUGACAUGGUCAGGCACAUGAUCCGGGAGACCAAACACUCAGGGUGGGCGUUGCGUAUGGGUAUGAUCACCGAGCCAGAACUCGAAGUCGACGCGAAGCGCGAUGAAGUGCUCGAGUUGCCAGGAGGCACGCCGGAGCUGGGUAUCAACAAAGAGAAGAACUCGGAGAAAGGGCUGUCUGGUAGCGAAACUUCAAGUGCAGUUUAUCAGGUGGAGGUAUUGCCUUCGGGUAUAGUGUAGCCUUUUCCGUAGAUUUUCGCAUAUACUGGCUGCUCUCAUCCAAGUCUCUGAAUAUGUGCAUAUGCACAGGCUGUGAUCUGUUUGAUACCUUAGCAUGUUACACGAGCUGUAUUCGCAAUGCCAGCUGCGACUGACUAGUACUAA